AUGAAGUGCAUUAUCUUGACGAUUGCCUGCUUUGCAGUCUUAGUUAAGUCCCAUCAUCUUGGCUUUAGAAGAUUAGGAAAUCACUUUGGAGGAGCCCUGGGUUCAGAUUAUAAUACGAAUCUUGGAUCUGACCUUGCACGAGGAUUUGAUAGUGAUGCUUCCGCUGUAGCUAAUGCGGAGGCAGUAGCAACCGGUGGUGGAACGGCAACAGCAAACGCAAACGCGGUAGCAAGGGGUUCAGGCAAUGCCAAUGCUGUAGCCAAAGCUGUUGCAAAUUCUAGAGUAGGAGGACUUAGACCACGGACACAAGAUGCAAGUAGAUACGAAAAAGGCUCUAGCGUUGGUGAAAAUCAGUAUGACAGUGGUGCGAGUGGCGCAGAAAGUCAAGGUUUCCAUAAUAAACGCCAACAAGAUUAUCACGAUCGUACACGUCAUCAUAGCAGCGUCACUAAAAUCGAGCAUUCUGAAACCAGUGACGAGCACGACGUCGGCGGCAGUGAGUCCUAUGAUGUAGGCGCUCAUCAAGCGAGUGGGUUUAAUAAACAUGAUAAUGGAGCCAGUAGAUUUAUGAAUGACAUGGAAAAGGCCACACAAGUGGAAGCCACGUUAUAA